ACAAACAAAACCUUAUCACUCUUAUCAACACAACCACCACACACAUUCUCAUUUCCUCAACCUCUUCCCCACCCCCCUAAACCACCAUGACAACCACCACCAUAUCAUCAUCAACCACCAUCCACACCACUUCACCACCACUCCCCCUCACCCCCACCCACCACUUCCCCACCACUCUCCGCCCCUUCCCCCACCCAACCCACCACCACUACCACCUCCACCUCCGCCACACCACCACAUGCUCCUACAAAAUCUCAAUCCAACACGAAGGCCAAACAACCCAACUUGAAGUAGACCCAGAUGAAACAAUACUCGAAAAAGCAUUAGAAUCCGGAAUGUCCGUACCCCAUGAUUGCAAGCUGGGUGUUUGCAUGACAUGUCCGGCCAAACUGCUUGCCGGAAGUGUGGAUCAGAGUGAGGGGAUGUUAAGUGAUGAUGUGAUUGAAAGAGGGUACUCGUUGCUUUGUGUGUCGUACCCGAAAUCGGAUUGUGAGAUUAAGAUUAUACCCGAAGAGGAGUUGCUUUCUCUGCAGUUGGCUACUGCUGAUGAUUAGGUGAAGUUGUGUUGUGUGUUUUGAUGAAGUGUUUUGUGUUUUUUAGAUUGUUGUUGGUUAGUGUAAUGUACAUCGAAAUCAUGACUUUCAUAUGUUAUAUGUUUCUUUUUUUAAUAGACGAACACACGUCUCUAAAAUCUACUCUUUAA